UAUUUCGACUUUGUCUGUUCACUUUGACUGUGUAUCAGCCGGUUAGUCCUUCCUCGUCGAGUUUUCAUCAUGAAAUAAUGAAGGAAACAACGAGUCAACAGUUUUCCGCAGCGUCUCCUAGCUGCUGCCCCCCAGAGUCCCACAGUGACGCUCCCAGUGCUGAGCUAGAAGAAAACGGGGAGAUGGAGGUAAAGCAGGUAACCUUGCGCGAGAGGUCCGGAGAAGUAAAACAACACAGCAAGAAGGAUGGCGUUUUAACUGCUGAGAUGGUCUCCGGCAAUAUGUCCAACCUUGGACGCUUCGGCACAGGGCUGCAACACUUGUACCAGCACCUGUCUCUGCCUAGUUACAAUCUCAGUGACAUCUCCGUUUUAUGCAAAUAUGUCCAUCUUCAAAAGCUGGAGCUGCCACACAACAAAAUUAAAGAUUUGUCCUGUGUGAGCCACAUGCCCUACCUCGUCAUCCUGGACGCUUCUCACAAUGAAAUCUCCAACGUCUUUGGAUUCCAGCCUCCCAAGAACCUAAAGGAAGUCAAUUUCUCCCACAACCGUAUGACAAAAAUGAAGGAUUUGUCAGCCUAUUCAUCUCUUAACAAACUGGAUCUGGGCCACAACAGUUUCAGUGAGAUCACUGGUCUUGAGCAAUGUUGCAAGCUCACCCACCUCAGCCUGGCACACAACAAGAUCUCGAGGAUCAGCGGCCUGGACAGUCUUCCUCUCACACACCUCUGUCUUAGGGGGAAUCAGCUGGAGAGGAUUGAAGGGUUGGAGAAUCUGAAGACUCUGCAGGAUCUCGACUUGUCUCUGAACAGCAUCAACAGUCUUUCUGGCCUCCAGAAUCUCUACCUUCUGGGGUCCAUCAAUCUAGAGAAAAACCUGAUUAGUGAAAUUCAGGAGUGCAAACACAUCCAUGAUCUUUUCCUGUUGAGGGACUUCAACCUGCUGGAAAACCCUGUACAGGAGCAACCGGAUUACAGACUGGCAGUUGUCUUCCUCCUUCAACAUCUGACUAUGCUGGACCAAGAGAAGGUCACUGCUGAAGAAAAGGUGUCAUCAGUAAACAAAUACGACCCUCCUUUGGAUGUGGUGGCAGCCAGGGAUCACAUGACCCAUCUGGUGUAUCAGCUGAUGCAGCCCCAGGUGGUCUAUGACAGUACUUUGCCUAGUGCAGACUCCCCAUAUCCCAUGCUGGUUCUGACUGGUCCUCAAGGCUGUGGGAAGAGAGAGCUGGCUCACAGACUGUGUCAGGAGCUCUGUGAAUACUUUGCUUAUGGAACCUGUCACACCACAAGGGGGCCAUACUUUGGAGAGGAGAAUGGAAUUGAUUACCAUUUUGUCAGUGAGGACGAUUUUCAGAACAUGAUUCACAUGGGUAAGUUUAUCCAGACCAUGCAGUACGGGGGUCACAGGUACGGUCUGACCAGAGACGCCAUCGAGGAAGUAGCCAGAGAAGGACUAGCCUGCUGUGUGCAUAUGGAGCUAGAGGGUGUGUUCAGUCUGAAGAACAGCUACUUUGAGCCUCGAUACAUCCUGCUUAUCCCCACCCAGGUGGAGAAGUACAUGGACCACCUGAAAAGCCGUGACCUCUACACCCAAGCGCAGAUUGACACGGCGGUGUCACGUAUAGUGUUUUACGCAAAUACCAACAGGCGUCGGCCGGGAUUCUUCGAUAACAUUAUCCCCUGUGAUGACUGGGAAGAGGCUUAUCAGACACUGAGGCAGGUAGUGAAGGGGUACCUGUUGCUAGAGGAGCAGGAAGAAGGAGAAAAACAAAACAGAACAUCCCCUGACAACACCUCCGCAGGUCAUGAGCCACAGGAGAAGCCACAUUCACCCCCGUCAAGAUCAGGAUCAGGAUCACACUCUGCCACAGCUCUUGACCCCUCAGAUCCGUUGUACAGAAACUAUUUUGCCAAGAUCCAGGCAGAGCUCAGCCCUCAGAAGAGCCCCGCUGAGCUAGCUUCCAUCAGCAGGCGUGAGCAGCUGGUGAGAGAGGCUAUAGUGGGGAAGAGUCCAGGGGUCUACAGCCAGCUCUUCAAAAGAUCUGCUCAGACAGAACCAUCAUCACUGGAUAUUCACGAUCCUGGUUCCCAUUUUAGUGAGGACAGCAGCUCAGAUGAGUCUCGUGCUAGUUCAGCACUUUCUGUGCCCAGUUCGGCCGGUGCCUUGUCUGGCCUGGUGGAGCGGCUAGAUAUCUCUGCCCUGGGACACACUUUGGAAACACUUAAAGACCAAACUCCUGAAGCCACCCGUCCAGACACAGAUCAGCUAGCAGUGGCCACGUCUCCCUCCUCUGAUAGACGUCCUGGAUCCAACGUGAAGGUCAUCCUGCCACCGAUCCCCGCUGGGCGCAAGACCCCUGCAGCACCCAGCCCAGCUCCUUCACCCAGACCCAGCCCAAACCCAGCAGCUGGAGAAGGGUUGGAUGCAGACAAGGAGAGAUAGCUUUAAAGCUUUAUAGGUGUCUGUCAUUUAACAACUUUGUAAAUAUUCAAAGUAGCUGCUUUUUGAAGCCUGCAAACAUCAUAAUAAAAUAAGAUGAAGUCAAUCAAAUGUUAACAGUCAACCACAAAACCACACGUUUGUUGCUAUCUUACCACAAAAUACACAGUAUGUGAUGUGAAACGCCCGAGCCAAACACUUGAGGUUAGAUUACACUGUCAGCACUUGCCUUGCCCUGUCAUCUGUUGCUCGUGCCUUAACACGUCUGGAUCUUUGGCGCUUGCUAUAUACAGUACACAUGACAAGUGAUGGUGUUAAUGACCAUAUAUAAGGUGACUACAGUAUAAUUAUAGGUAAAGUUGUUGCUUUUUUCCUCUUUGUAGAAUAACCUGAAGACAAUGUUGACACACAUUAUGAUUCAGGCUCACACACAGAUGCCUUUCAGCCAUCAAAAUGUGCAUUGAAGCUCUUUUUGUGUUUUCAUAUUAAUAUGUUCAGAUUCAUGACUUAAGGGGGUAUCCUCUUGGAAAAGUUCAUGUCUACAAAGUAUGUGGUACAUGUCAUGUUUUAUGAAUGUAGCAUUAAUUUUCGUGACAGUGAAGUGGCAUUGUAUUUCCUACUGUUCAGUAAUCUCAUCAAAUAGGAUUUGCCAUUGACAUCUAGAUACUGAUCUUUUAUGUGCAGCGUGAAGCUCUUGUCAUUGUAUGAUGAAUACAUCAUUAAUCUUUAUCUCUUUUGAUGGGAUUAUUUAUUCAA